ACAACAGUUUCUCCUUCACCUUCAUCAUCCAUGUCUUCACUCGUCUCAUUGCUUUCCUUCAGUGCGCAUUCCGCCGAUGUGUAAUUUGGUAAGUCUGGCAUCUCUGUCUAUACCCAAAUUCGUCAUUGUCUUUUGGUUCCACAGACAUAAGUGAUGUCGUAUGGCCACUUUCGGCAACAACUCCAGAGGAUGUAUCCCUCGUUCUUGACUUCAUCAUCAUGAUCAUCAUGAAUAUGACAUCCGUUGAGUUUGACAUACUAAGCAGUAAGCAUACUCGAGCUUGGAAUAGCUUUUGCUAUACAGUUGAGCAUGCAGCGCCCUGUGCCCUUGACGUUGGCCGGGUCGGAUCGCACUUGAGUGCCGACAGGAGAACGGAGAGGACUGCAUGCGCAUAUAAAACCAGAGUGUUCCAGAGUCCAGGCUGCUCCACUGCCCUCGUCCCGGGCGGGUAUAUAAGACCUCCUGUCUUUGCAUGAACUCACCAAAACACAACAACUUCAACCAUGAUUGCAUUCACAUAUGUCCUUCUUCCUCUGCUUGCAUUCAGCUCUGCUGCAUUCCCCGUCCCUGUCACCUCAGACCCUCCGACAAUUGAUCACCCCGCACCCGGAACUCACAUUGCUCCGGGGGCUGCGUUCGAUUUCAGCUAUAACGGCCUUGCCGACUACGGCAAGUCUAGUUAUGGAUUUCAUGUCUGGCUUCUAGGCGACGAUGCUUUGAAUAAGACGUUGUCGCCGACAGACUUCUUCACAAAUGGGUACUACUUCGGAAAAUUCGACUACCCGAACUAUCCUGCUAUUCCUUAUGCUCAGCAUCCGGCACCUGCUCAAUUCAUAAUGCCGGACUUUUCCAAACCACAAGGUGGUUUCGGAGGAGGUAAGGCCGUUAGUGAUUACAAAUUUCAAUUCGUAGUCUUCGAAGAAUGGGCCGAUGGUGCGGUGAGUAGAUUGAUUUUAAGCCAUGCUGGACGUGUAUUCACUUCGGCGGUUCUGUGUAUUAGGGCGAGGUUGGACGCAAACUUGCAGUCACAGCAAACGAGAUCAUCUACAAUGCGACGACGUCAUGAUGAGCGCUGCGUAUUCCUAUUCUCUGAUACCCCGAGGAUAGUCAGGCCCUCGGACCUCGAGUACUGGUUCUGUUUAAAAACUACGGACAUCGUAGAGACAUUACGGACUUCAAUGGACUUCUAGUGUACUUGCGCAUUUCUUGAUACUUACCUAGCACUUGUUAUUCCCUACAUCUUAUUUGGCAUUUUACUUCGUAAUGUAAUGCGAAUGAUCAGGUAACUCUCCAGGCAUUAAACAAAUAUUGUUAGAAUCUUGCCUGGACCGGCGUCAUGCUAGUUG